CGCUGGUGAAGUCUAAAAUUACUCGUCAACCUUUGAACCUGCAAUUCCACGAUCGAAAGGGCAGUGGUGUCUUGAUUAUACUAUAUAGACCCGAUCGCGCCAACGGAUCAGUGCAGGCUCUUGACUUUCGCUGCAAAGAGCCGGAGAGGAGACAUUUAUCAGCGUUAUUGCGCUAUUGGAAAGGAUAAGAGCCAACGAAAUCUUGAGAAAGACUCCACAGUCAGUUUGAGAGACUUGAUGGACAGGCCAGAGGAGGAAUUGUCUUCUCGCCUUCAGCCUCUACAGACUGCUCUGAACGUUUGCAUACAGCAACACCAAGGAAAAUGCGACAGGCAGCGACAUACACUGUUACCGACGACAGCUGAGCCUUCUCAGGGUAUUCAAGAACCUCGCGGCAUCAAAGUGAUUGAUAUAAAAGAAGAGAAAGUCAUAAAGGCUUUGCCGGGUUGUCGUUAUAUUGCGCUUUCUUACGUGUGGGAGCCACUCCCGGCCGGCCAAAAACCUGAUGAAUACAAGGAGGAUUCACCUUUGAACCUUUCACGCCUGCCUCGAACCAUUCUUGACGCGCUCGAUGUUUGUCGAGCCUUGGAUGAGAGAUACUUAUGGGUUGAUGCGCUUUGCAUCAAUCAAAAAGAUGAAAGAGAUGAACUCCAAAUUGGCCAGAUGGACAGGAUUUACAGCUUUGCAGUUGCUACAAUAGUAGCAGCCUGUGACAAAGAAGCCACAGAAGGCUUACCAGGCCUUCGGUCCCGUAGCUCGGUACGCUCAGAGCCUCCACCAGUCGAUAUCUUGGACGGGACUCUUUGGAGCUCGAGAGGUUGGACUUAUCAAGAAUUUGUUCUCUCUCGACGGCUUCUGCUCUUCACUUCUGCUGGAAUAUAUUUCCACUGUGCCGGAAGCAAAAACCACACAUUGAACGGAUGGGAACUGCCAAGCAUAGGUUUCGCCACUUGUUGGCGUGCUUACAACGAGACGCUUGCAAUCUACUCAGGACGAAGGCUUGGAAGGAAGUCAGACACCCUGAACGCUAUUACUGGUGUACACAGAGUAUUCGCUCGCUACACGGAUGACACUUAUCUGUGUGGCUUACCCGCACGGCAGAUUUUCUAUGCCUUGCUCUGGCAACCACUAGCAGUUUCAGAACGUCAGCCAAGUUGGCCAAGCUGGUCGUGGGCUGGAUGGACGGGCAGUGGUGAUGAUCUGUGCGUUGUUGGAAAUCCUUGCCAGGAAGCGGUCACCGAUCAGUGGGGUGAUUCCCCUGCGAGAUGGGGAAGCACUGGCCGGGUAUUUAUUCCUCGACUGGAGAACCUUAGAUUCCAGGCUUCGAAUGGUAUGGAAUUAGACAUCCCUCUCUUCCCGGAUGACGAGGCACUCAAACAAUACUUGAGCAGUCAGCAUGAUAAAGCACUACCAGCUCUAGCAGAAGACCGACCUUUUUGGGAAUCCGGAUAUCUGAGGUUCAAAGCAACAAGCAAGCAAUUCUCCAUCACUCCCGAUGUCAGCAAUCCUGGGGUGUCCAAGGACCAUCCAAGAUUAAAGAGGUGCCGGAUAUUAGAUGGUGACAGAUGGAUAGGAACCAUUUUCCUAAACCCGGAUGGUGGUGGCAACUAUCCAGACAUCUCAGGGCCUUGUGAGUUCGUAGUCUUGACGACUUUCAAGGCCUAUAACCACAAGAUCGCUUCUUCUUUCUUAGAAGGACUCCUAGACAUGUCUGUUGAAGACAAAGAGCCAGCCAUAUUCCCAGAGGAAUACUACCAGGCAGGCCGUGCCCAGCAAGAGCGCCAAUUCCGGAUGUGGAUGGCUGGUAAAUUCCAUUCAAAGAAGGGGUACAUGACCAGAGGGGGAAGUAAUUGGGGGAGAACCUGGGAGUCGGAAAGAGACCCCCAUAGGGGCAUGCCAUAUCCUGCGCACUUUGAUUGCUCGCAUGUUAUGUGGAUUGAACGAAAAGGAGACGUUGCUUAUAGGAAGGCAAUCGGUAUUGUUGGUGGAGACCAUUCGCACGGGUCGUCCUUGGAGGAGUUCUGCUUAGGAUAAAUCAGGAAUUAAGUUGGCUGUAUUUUUUUUUUUCUUAUUUCGGGUAUCCCGGGGAUUUUAGACUCAACUGUACCGAAAGCAAUAUUGCAGCGACGAGUAAUCACGAUAGGUAGUAACUGAUAACUCUGCUACAUGGGCUGGUGCGAUC